GCAUUUGAAUUUUGGACAUUGGGUUGUGUGAGGGACCAGGAUUUUGCCCUUCAAAAUCAGAAACAUCCUGGCUCAGAAGACAUUCAAUUUACUCGAGAAAGCAAGCAAAGAGUUUUCACGGAUUAAAGGAACUAAUUGGUUCAAAAGGAUUAAAUAAUCAACGGAUUGAACGGACGAAUUGGAUUAAAACAAUCAACGGAUUAAAAGCAUUGGAUAGGAGACAUGGUAGGAGACAAAAAGAUUGGAUUGAUUGUACGCAUUUGAUAUCGGAUUGACAUAUUAAAACAACGAAAUCCUGUAGAGGCCUUUGUUACGCUUGUCUUUUGUUUGUCGACCUCACUACAGCCACAGUGAAAACUCUUUGGGCAGCGAGAAUUCUUCGACGUGAAUUUCCUCUUUCGACACGGUCAAACAUCCUCGCAGUUCAAUGGACUUUGUGAAUUCUAUCAGCUACGGAACAAUUUCGAAUGCACAUCAGGAACUUCGAUAUUCAAUGUUCAGCCCAAAUUAUUAAAUCUCUUGUGAUUAAUUGAUCUCAACCUUCUUUCAUCAUAAAUCUUCUAUUUGGGAAUAAUCAUGGCAGAAGGAGUUGAGAAUGGACGGGAUAGAAUGCCCACUGAGAAGGGUUUGCAGUAUAAAGCAGACGUCACAGUCAAGACAUGGAGAGAUGCCAUUCGACUUUGGAGGAGAAGGGCAAAUAAGCAUCGCCAGCUUAUAGUUGAAGACGAUGUCAACACUGUGAUGAUUAAAGAAUCCCGUAAUCAAGUACAGGAAGCCAUGGACAAGGCCAUUUCUUCUCAAGAAGUACUUGCAGCUAUAGCUCCUUCAGCAGAUCUUGAUGAUGGUGAAGAUCUACUUGAAACCAUGGAAGAUGAACAUUCAUCUUUAAUGAGAGAAACAAUGAAAGUUAUUCUUCGAUUGCAAGGUGGGACGCUUUCGUCUAAGUCAGGUUCCCGAUCAUCCAGAGGGAGAAUUCAAGACUGGGUUGAUCGUCAAAUGUCAGUUCCUCCUCGAGUUCAGAGUAUAGUUAAUGGAGGUAACAGUGCCCCUUCAAUGGAACCCAUCAUUGAGACGAACAACCCUGCUCCACCUUCGGAAAGCCCUGCGACUAAGAUUGGUCAUCGACAAGAACCAAAGUCCAGCAAUGAUGAUGUUCUCGCCAACAGUUUGAAAGAGUUGCUAUCCUUAAAUAGACUUCCUCUUCCAGAGCCUGGGAUUUUCUCAGGUAACCCCCUUGACUACACGGCAUGGAGGCGAAGCUACGAUGCAUUGAUCGAAUAUCGUGGAAUUCCUAUGGCAGAGAGGUUCUACUUUCUCUUGAAAUACCUGACAGGUGAGCCGAAAUCCUUGGUAGAAGGCUACUCUAUGAUCGGCGAUGGCAGAUGUUACCUUAAUGCGAAGGAAGCGUUGGAACAGAGAUAUGGGGAUCCAUUUGUAGUUUCAAAUGCUUACAGAGACAAGUUGGAUGCUUGGCCCAAGGUUGGAUCAAGAGAUUCCUUUGGACUUAGGAGAUUUGGAGACUUCUUGAAACAAUGUGACGCCGCAUCCAAGUAUGUUCCCCACCUGAAUCAUCUUGAUGACGAACAAGAAAAUCGAAACCUACUGAGGAAACUCCCUGAAUGGCUAGUCGUGAAAUGGGGAAGGAAGGUUGUUAAGUGGAGACAAGAUUGGAAAACCUUUCCACCGUUUGCCAUCUUCACAGAGUUCAUUGACGAAGAGGCAACUGUUGCUUGUGAUCCCGUCACCUCUCUUCAGUCUCUGCAGACCUCAAAGGAAAGGAAGUGGUCAACUCCUUCUCGAUCUUUACAGACUGGAACACACAAUCACCAAGACGGCUCUGCUGAGAAGAAAUAUCUGUCAUGUGUCUUCUGCAAGGGUCAUCACCAUAUUGCUGAAUGUUCCUCGUUCAAUUCAGAAACGAUGCAGAAGAAAAGACAGACUAUUAAGGACAAUGGUCUCUGCUUUGGUUGCUUGAGAAAGGGACACAUGUCAAAGAGUUGCAAGAAAAGAGAUACAUGCUCUGUAUGUAAAGGAAAGCAUCCCACUGCUCUACAUGAUGAUGAAUGGAAGGAAAGGCGAUUGGAUGCUACAAACAGAGAGAGAAGCAGUAAUGAAACUCUGGAAUCAAAUUCUCAUGCUUCCCAGUCAGAUUCCAGUAAUUCUAUGAAGUCAUCGAUGAUUGUUCCUGUAUGGCUAUCGCACGAGUCCAGUCAUAAGGAGAGACUAGUAUAUGCACUACUGGACACGCAAUCCGAUACAUCCUUCAUUCUCACACAAACCAAAGAAGCAAUGGGCAUCAGAGGCAUAGACAUGCACCUAUUGCUUUCUACAAUGACAAAGGCAAAUGAGAGAAUAGCUUGUGAGAAGGUGACUGGAUUGAAAGCGAAGGCUUACUACAACUCCGAGAAGGUAAUUAGUCUCCCUCCAAGCUAUACAAGAGACUUCAUCCCAGCGGAUCGACAUCAUAUUCCUACUCCUGACACAGCGAGAUCCUUCAAACACUUGUCCAGGAUUGCUGAUAUGAUUGCUCCUCUUCAGGAUGUUGAAAUUGGACUCUUGAUCGGCUACGACUGUGCCAAGGCUUUAGCUCCGCGUGCUGUCAUCCACUCUCCUGACGAAAGAGGACCCUAUGCAGUCCAGACAGACCUAGGCUGGAGCAUUGUUGGGACAGUGAAUGCAGGACAUGUUGAUAGUCACAAUGAUCCCAUUUGUGUGAGUCAUCGCACGACUGUACAAAUUGUACCCGAGGAAGUACAGUUGAAGGGUCAUCGCUCGGAAGUGAUCCUCAUGCAUCAAGCUACUAUGAAGGAAGAGAUUACCCCUCUUCAAGCUUCGCAACUUCUUGAGGCUGAUUUAAUUCCUGAUAAGAAUCAGGAACCGUAUUUACAGAACGACUUGAAGCUUGUUGGGCUUAUGGAAAGGGAGAUUCCGGAAGAGACUGAGGAAGAAGCUACAGUCAUUCCUAAAGAUCAUGAAGUGAAAAGCAACACCCAUGCCUCAGUAAAAGAGGUAGAUGAGCUCGAGUUAGGACGAUUUGAUCAUCUCUCUAGUUGGUAUCGAGCGAAGAGAGCUGUGGCGUACUGCCUCCGUCUCAAAUCAUACUUACAGAGAUGCUGCCAUGCAAGACGAGAUGGGAAAGAUGUCAAGAAAGUUGUGAUGGAACCUCUGACUACUGUACUUCUUCAUGCAGAGAUGGAAAUCAUAAGACUGAUUCAGAGGAGGACAUUUGAUGAAGUGAAAUCAUCAGGAGUCAGCAAGUCUCACAACCAAAGAGAAAGAAGGCGUCAUUACAAGGAGACCAGUCGCUUGUAUCCUCUGGACCCAUUUAUAGAUGAUGAUGAUGGCAUCCUUAGAGUUGGAGGACGUUUGAGGAGAUCUGACCUCUCAUUUGAAAGCAAGCAUCCUGUCAUCCUCCCUCAAACUCACCUGACCAUCUCAAUUGUAUUUCAGUGUCAUAAUGAAUUCUGGUGUCAAUGGAAGAAGGAGUUUCUUUGUCAGCUUCAGUCGCGACAGAAGUGGACCAAGCCACAUCGCAACAUGAGAAUAGGAGAUGUGGUAAUUAUUAAAGAUGAUAACACUCCUCGCAAUGUUUGGCCUCUUGGAAGAAUCGUUGAACUAUAUCAAUCAAAGGAUGACUACAUUCAUAAGGUUAGGGUCAUGGUAGGAGACAGAAAAUUAGACAAUGUGGGAAAACGAAGUAACCCAGUGACUUACCUUGAUCGUCCUAUCCACAAGCUAGUUCUUCUUCUUCCGAGUGAAGACCAGGAAUAAUUCCCAGCCAAGGAGCCAACGUGACUCAUUAAGAAAGACUAAAAUGCUCACACAGGAUCUGAUAAUUUUGAAGUUUAUUCGAUGAUUUGAUCUGGACUAUAAUUCAUCAAAAUUCUCUUUGAGAGCUCUCGAGCACAGUCUGAACUCUAGACUAAUCAUAAGAUAUGAAUACAUCAAUUUUGUGGGUUAUAGAAACAGAAAUUGACUGUGUUAAAAAUUUGAAGUAAAACUUAGAUUUUACUGUCAUUUUAAACAUUCUGGGUCUGAUUUAAGACUAUACUGCUUCAUGAAUUUCAGACAAUGAGUCUGAUUAUUGCAGAAUAAUUGCUUAAUCAUGUUGUUUUUUCAUACACAUUCAUAAAAACAUUUACCAAAAUUCAAUUUGAUCAAACAUACAUUGGUCUGGAAAUUAGACUAAUUCUUCUCGUCAUUUUCAUUCAGAAGAAAAUUAACAAUUUUUUAUAUUGCAUACUUUCAAAGUUUUAUAAAAAUGCAAAGUGGAGAACAAGAGAACAUGUUUGUUUUCAGUUGUAUUUAAACUUAUCAAAGAUGACUUUGUGUGUAUUUUAGAAUAUUUCAAUAUUUCAUAUAUAUAAUGAGCAGGAAGAACGCAUAAAAAAGUAUAUAUCAUAGAAUGUUGAAAUCUUCCAAGGAAUAGUGUUAAAUUAUCUAAAACAUAAGUUUUGACUGAAUUCAAGUUGAAUUCAUUUAAGGUAUGGUAUACUAUAUAAUUCUUUUUAUUAUAUUUGUUAUUGAUACAAAUUAUCGUAUAUACACGUACAGUAUCUCACAUGCAUCGAGGUCUGAAUCUUUACAUAUAUAUAUGAUGUCUGAAGUUAAGACUAUAAAAUUUAAAACGACGCUUAUCUUCCUUUUUGGCAAAAGCCUUUUUUCUUGGUUUAGAUAAAUAUUCCAUGAAAAUAGAGGAAAGGGACUAGAUUAGAGGUUAAGUUCAUAUUUUACCUAAAAUGACUUGUUUCUUGAUUAUGAAUACUUAUUGACUUCCUGAAAUGGUCAAAUUUCUGAAGGUUGAGAUUGUGUGAACUUAAUGUUUUUAUCUAUAUACCCCCCAAAAAAAGGAAAGGUGAAAUGCUGGAAAAAAGUAAUUUUUGUUGUUUUACAUUGAAAGCCUUUCAAGUACUACGAUACCUUUGAAUUGGAUUUACGCUCGUAAAUUACUGUUAGAAUUCAAAUAUGACAUUUUGUGAUAUCGAUGUUUCUUUAUCAUGUUUUGAAAGAUGUAGUUUGAGUUUCUCAUCAUUUGUAUAUAGUAUCAUCUUAUGGUUAACGGUAUGAUUACACAGCCAGGAAAUGUGAUUAGUGAAAAUUUUCGAGGAAACGUUCAUGUGUACUUAGUCUAGUAGCGUAAAAUUAUCUUUAAGAAGUAUACAUGUAUGUAGUCUAUAAAGUACUUAAAUUUAGAUUUAUUCAUUGCGGAUGUUUUCUUGAGGUAAAUUAAUAUUUAAUUUAAAGGAGCCAUGUGAUGAAAGUACAUCUAAAUUUAUAAAUUAGCACACCAAAAUUAGCGCAGAAGUGAUUUAGCACUUUUUGUAUAUAUACUUUCACUAUUGCACUACCUGAUUAACACAUUUGUAUCUAGCACUCCCUUAGUCAAUGAGUACACUUACAUAGCACCAUGACAGUGCAUUUGAAUUUUGGACAUUGGGUUGUGUGAGGGACCAGGAUUUUGCCCUUCAAAAUCAGAAACAUCCUGGCUCAGAAGACAUUCAAUUUACUCGAGAAAGCAAGCAAAGAGGUUAGUUAAUGUUUUAUGUUAUGUAUUUUUUAUUAUGGUUUAAGCAUAAAGUGAAAUUUUAGAGAUCUUUUUCUUGGUUCAUAAUGACAAAUGAUAAUGUGUGUGUAGUAUGUAUAAUGCAUGUACAAGCUAUAGCAGGCUGAUUGCACCCCUUUGUAAUCAAAUAAGACUUAUUAGUUAUACAUGAAACUACAUUUUGUACUACAUUUAUUAUAUGAUAUAUCAAGAAUGAUAGUUGAUUUAUACUUGUAUUCUUAUAAUUGUAGUGAGAACAAAACUGAAUUCUGUUUGUAGUUUGAAACAAGCAAACCUAUAAUGAGUAAACAUAUUUAGAAUUUAGUUGAGACAAGGCUAUUCAGGUUUUCCAAAGAAUUGAUGUUACUCUAUUGGUAACUUAAGAUGAUUCAUUUUGCUGGUAUUUAUGAUUCCUUUUUCUUUAUCAUUGAUUCCACAGUUUUCACGGAUUAAAGGAACUAAUUGGUUCAAAAGGAUUAAAUAAUCAACGGAUUGAACGGACGAAUUGGAUUAAAACAAUCAACGGAUUAAAAGCACUAAUAGAUUUAAGACCAAUUCGAUUGGAUUGAUUGUACGCAUUUGAUAUCGGAUUGACAUAUUAAAACAACGAAAUCCUGUAG